UAAAAUGGUAAAUUCCAUGAAAAACCUUCAACUCGAGAAAUGAAACCUUGAAUUUGUAUUUCGGGAAUUCCAUCGCGUGUUUCGUGCUUCACUCUCCUCUCCUCUCCUCUCCCUCUCUCUCUCGUUUCGUCGGUGAUUUGUUAAUCUUUCGACCAGCGAUACGGAUAAAUCCCUAGAACCCUACCACACUGUCGUCUUGUCUGAGGAGGGGAGGGAGGGGGAACAUGAUUUUCCUUCUCCGAAAUGGCUCCAAACUCUUAAACCCUGGGAGAAAACUUCAGACAACAAUCUUCAUUUCAAUUCCUUUCAGUCUCGCAAAAUCCUUCUCUCAAUCCACCUCCAUACCCAAGAAGCAAGAUCGAGUUCGCGACCAUGGAUUCGAUAACUACAUGGAAGUCGAAAAGAAGAUCCGCAAAGUCGUGAAGUUUCAAAACCUCAUUAACUCUCAGCCAAACCAGACCAUCCCGAUUUCUCUUCUCGACACACUCGCUCGCCGACUCGAUCUAGGGUUCAAACAGCACGAACCCGGUGCUUUUCUCCUCAAAUUCCCUCAUGUUUUCGAAAUCUACGAGCACCCAGUUCAGAGAAUCCUCUAUUGUCGUCUGACCCGGAUGGCUUUGGAUCAGAUCCAGCAGGAGAAGAACGCUGUUAUGGCCCAGAUAUCCGACGCCGUUUUCCGGCUCAGGAAGCUCAUCACGAUGUCAAACACUGGUCGUAUCCGAUUGGAACAUGUCCGAAUCGCGAGGAAGGAAUUCGGGUUGCCUGAUGAUUUCGAGUAUUCGGUAAUUCUGAAUCACCCUCACUUUUUCAGGCUAAUUGAUGCUGAAGAGACCCGAAAUAAGUACAUUGAGAUUGUAGAGAAGAACCCUAGAUUAGCUGUUUGUGACAUAGAGAGAGUUAGAGAGAGAGAGUACAGGGAAAAGGGAAUGGAUGCUGAGGAUGUUAGAUUCGCCUUCAUCGUGAAUUUUCCUCCCGGGUUUAAGAUUGGCAAGUAUUACCGUAUUGCUGUGUGGAAAUGGCAGCGGCUUCCUUACUGGUCUCCGUAUGAGGACAUUUCCGGGUACGAUCUAAGGUCCAUCGAAGCACAGAAGAGACUAGAGAAGAGGGCUGUGGCCGUCAUUCACGAAGUGCUGUCUUUGACGGUGGAGAAGAAGAUGACACUGGAGAGGAUUGCCCACUUUAGGAAUGUGUUUAAUUUGCCUAAGAAACUGAAGGAGUUUCUUCUGCAGCACCAAGGGAUAUUUUACAUCUCGACCAGGGGAAAUCUCGGGAAACUUCAUACAGUGUUUCUCCGUGAGGCAUAUAAGAGAGGGGAGUUGAUAGAACCCAACAAUGUGUAUUUGGCUCGGAAGAGAUUGGCCGAGCUUGUGUUACUGAGCCCUAGAAAGGCAAAGGUCGAUGCAGAGUUGGUUAGUUAUAGAACUCCAAUGGACGAUGGAGAAGAAACCGAAUGACAGAACUGGGUUUUGUUGAUAUCAUCAGUCCGUGGCCAUGCCUUGUUGCUCUGUGUUGCAUAGCAUGCUAUACUGCUUAGCUAUUUUCAAGAGUUUGAUGGAGUGGAGGCUUGAGGAUUGGAGCCAUUUCCAGGUAAAUAUUUACGCGACUUUGUGAGUUAAAACGUGUCAUUGAUUGUCUGGAUGUUUUUUGCAACAAAAGUGAUCGCGUUUCAUCAAAGAACCUAUUGUGUCCUCAUCAUCUAGGAGCUGAGAAAACCUUUGGAUUGAACUGGAGGAUCUUAAUCUUCAUGGAAUCAGACCUGUGUACGGUACAUCAGCACAAACAUUUUCAAAAUUGUGAGAAGGUGGGUCUUCUAAAUCGUAAUUGCGAAUGCAGCUGCUGCAGGCAUGGAUUGCUAUUACUUUACUGAGAGCCUUGGACAAAGAUGUGAAGAUGAUGAUCUAAUGUCGGGAAAAACAAAGACGAGGAAGAUAACUUGUCAAUGUAUCAAACAAAGAUGUGAAGAAAAAGACCAAUCUUUGUAAUAAUUAAAAAAAAAAACCAUUUAGUAAAUUUCUGGACCGUUUAUUCUCAAACACUCGCUUCUCUGUCG